UGAUGACGCAACCCCGUUGAGCCCGCAACCGGUGGGUUGUCCCUGACAUGCUCCCUCCUUUUUUUCUAUGAGACAUCGUAAACACGUCCCGUGCAUUCUCUUGCGCUUUUUAUUAUGUUCUCCAGUCCCGGACCGCGUUCCCUCGAGAUCGCAGUCAACACUUCCACUCUCUUACACAUGCGGGGUCUCCACUCUCUCCGCCCCGCUUGGAUUCUCGCAGGAACUCCUGCACACACUCGCUGCCCCUCAUUCUCACGCUCACUUUCAGCCGACCACCGGAACCCCACCACCCUCAACCACAACCUCAAAACCAACAAGUCGGGCACAACAACCCAACCAUCACCACCACCGACACCACCAUCUCAUCACCACCCUUCACAACCCACCGCCACCAAAAUGUCAAAACCCCAACCCCAACCCCCGGUCAUCACCUCCAUCACCGACCUCCCCACCGCCGACGCGAAAUGGAUCACCCUGCAGCGCAUCUCCUACCGCGACCAGACCGGCACGGCGCGCACGUGGGAAGCCGCCUCGCGCAAGACGCGCGCGCAAUCCGCCGGCGUAGACGCAGUCGCCAUGGGCAACGUACUCCUACACCCUUCGCGCCCGCCCGCCACGCUGCUCGUCAUCCAGUACCGCCCGCCGCUGGACGCCUUCACGGUCGAGUGGCCGGCGGGGCUGGUGGACGAGGGCGAGACGGCGGAGCGGGCGGCGGUGCGCGAGUUUCGGGAGGAGACGGGCUAUGACUGCGAGGUGGUCAGCGUGAGCCCCGUGCAGGCGGCGGACCCCGGGUUGAGCAGCGCGAAUAUGCAGCUGGUGAUGGUGGAGGUGCGGCUGGGGGAAGGGGAGCCGCUGCCGGAGCAGCGGCUGGAGGAUGGGGAACAUAUCCAGCGCGUGGUCGUGCCGCUGGCGGAGCUGUAUGGGAGGUUGGUGGAGUAUAGUCGGAGGGAGAGGACGGUGGUGGCGGCGAAGUUGUUUCAUUUCGCGGCGGGGAUGGAGUUUGCGAAGACUAAGGGGAAGGAGUACGGGUUGUGAGGGGGGGUCAUGGUGGU